AUGGAAGAAAGCAAACCUAGCAGCACUCCUCCGUCUUCUUCUCCAUCUUCUCUUAAACAAAAGCUUAAACUCAGAUACCCUUUUUUCUUAUCCUCUUCCUUUCGCAGAACCAAUCCCACUGAUUCCUCUUCACCUUCUGUCCCCGAUGCUUCCCAAUCUUCUAAACUCCUCCGCACGACCUCCGCCGGGAUUAAGUCCCGUGCCCACGAUAAGUGUAAGAACUUCAUUUCUCGUAUUGGCCGAAAUGGACAAGCACAACCACAAGAAGCACAAGGGCAUGGGUAUGGUCGCGGCCACCGCCGGCGUCACUCUGUCUCUGCAGAUUUCCGGUAUGAUGCUAUGAGCUACGCUUUGAAUUUUGAUGAAGGCAACGAUGAGAGCCCCGAAAAUGAUUUUCGCUUAAGAAGUUUCUCGUCCAGAUUGCCACAGUCUCCGAAGAGGGAGAUCGAGUGCAGUUGA